UUGAAGUCCCUGGACUUUAUUUAAAUUAUGUAAAUGGCCUAUAUUUAUUCGAUAAACCCACAACUUUGCGAAUUUACAAAUCAUUACCGCUUUUUCUUCAGCUGCCAAUUGACGUUGAAAAUGGACGGCGAGGAGUUGACUGAGCAAGAGACUGCACUGUAUGAUCGCCAAAUUAGGGUUUGGGGCGCUGAUGCUCAGAGAAGAUUGAGUAAAGCUCAUAUUUUGGUUUCUGGAAUGAAAGGAGUUGCUGCUGAGUUUUGCAAGAAUAUUGUACUAGCGGGUGUUGGUAGCUUGACCUUGGUGGAUGAUCGAGUAGUAACUGAAGAGGCUCUUGAUGCUAACUUUUUGAUACCUCCUGAUGAUAAUGUGUUUAGUGGUAAAACUUUAGCUGAGCUGUGUUGUGAUUCUUUGAAAGAUUUUAACCCAAUGGUUCGGGUUUCUGUCGAAAAAGGUGAUUUGUCGAGCUUUGGUGUGGAUUUCUAUAGUAAGUUUGAUGUUGUGGUUGUCUGCUGUAGUUCGCUUUCAACAAAAAAAUUGAUCAAUGACAAGUGCCGAAAGUUAUCAAAGCGCGUAGCAUUCUAUACUGUUGAUUGUAAGGACUCUUGUGGUGAAAUUUUUGUUGAUCUCCUACUCCAUAGAUAUUCAAAGAAAAAACUUGAGGAAACUGUUGACUGCGAAUUGAAGUAUCCUAGUUUUAAGGAAGCAAUUUCAGUUCCUUGGAAAACACUUCCAAGGAAAGUGUCGAAGGUCUUUUUUGCCAUGAGAGUAUUAGAAAGGUUUGAAGAGGCUGAGGGACGAAAGCCUGGGGAAGUCUCAAAUGAUGAUCUUCCUGGUGUAAAGAAGCUGAAAAAGGAGCUCUGUGAGUCACAGUCUUUGAAUGAAUCUCAUAUUCCUGAUGCACUCCUAGAAAGAUUGGUGACCAAUGGAAGAGAAUUCCCUCCAGUUUGUGCCAUUGUAGGGGGAAUUCUUGGGCAGGAGGUCAUUAAGGCUAUAUCUGGCAAAGGAGAUCCCAUGAAGAACUUCUUCUUCUUCGAUGCUAUGGAUGGAAAGGGGAUAAUAGAGGACAUAUCAAGCUCGGAAACUGGAAACUGAGAAUAGCUUAACAGAACUAAGAUAGUUGCAGCUGCCAUCAUUUUGAGAAUUGAGUAUUAUUUUUGACAAAUUUGUAGAAGAAUCCGACUUCUCUUGAAUGACUGUUGGUUUAGUAUUCUGUCCUUAAGCAUAAGUUUGUGUUUGUAUAUCUAGCAAAAACAUUUAAGUACACACAAUCUUAAAGAUCAUUAUCAUAUGGUUUGUAGACAGAUAUGGACUAUUAUUGUCCAUUAUUGGGUAUUCCACUUUCUCUUCUCA